AUGUGGACAAUAAAGAGACUGGCGAUUCUGGCCUUGUUGUCACUGUUACACAUUGCUAAGGCUCAAAAAGUGUCAACUCUAAAUGGCCCCCUUCUAGGACAACGUCUGUCAGUGUUGGGCAAGCCCCUUGACGUGUUCUAUGGAAUCCCAUAUGCCAAGCCUCCUGUAGGUGAUCUUCGCUUCAAGCAUCCUCAGCCUUCAGAGUCAUGGGGACCGGAAGUUAGGGAUGCACGAAAACCGACGCCAUCUUGUUUCCAACCUGAAGAUGCUCUAAGCACAGAUGAAAAACACAAACAGAUACCCGAUGAUUACAGUGAAGACUGCCUUCAUCUUCCAGUGUGGGCGCCAUCAGACAAUGAUGGCAAUCUGGCAGUGAUGGUCUGGAUCUAUGGUGGAGGUUUUUAUAGUGGAUCUACACGAAUGCCACUAUAUGAAGGAAAAUACCUUGCAGCAGAGAAUGACGUCAUCGUUGUUUCAAUGAGUUACAGAUUGGGGCCUUUAGGGUUCGGCUACCUUGGCCCAGAUACCAUCCCUGGCAACAUGGGCUUGAUGGAUCAAAGAUUAGCCUUACAGUGGGUGAAAGACAAUAUUGCCAACUUUGGUGGAGAUCCAAGCCGAGUGACCAUAUUUGGAGAAAGUGCUGGAAGAGUCAGCGUGAGUCACCACAUGGUGUCACCUCUGUCAGGUGACCUGUUUGACAGAGCCAUCAUGCAGAGUGGGACCCUCACUUGCCCAUGGGCAUACACGGAGCCCAGAACAGCAAAACGGAAACUAAAGAGACUUGCUGAUCUCCUUGAAUGUCCUUCAUCUUCGUCAGAUGCAGAGAUGUAUGACUGCUUGAAGGCAGCAGAUUCUCGUACGAUGUCAGACCUUCAACUUAGCGGCUUGUUUGAUGAAGGACUUGCAUUUGUUCCAGUUGUGGAUGGGUACUUCCUUCCUGAUGACCCAACAACUCUUCUGUCCAGCGGAUCCAUCAUGCAGACCAGUGUAUUGCACGGUUUUACUGGAGAUGAGAUUACACUGUAUUUGGCAAUGGCGUUGAAGCAGAUGAGAAACGUGUCCACAUUACCCGAAACACUGAUUUUAAGUCAGCCAGAAUAUGAAAGUCUUCUUUCUUUUGACUUUGUUGGCGGUAAAGGAUUUGAAGAGCCUCUUCAUCUGUUUUAUGAAAGUCAGAAAGUCCCUUUAAAGGACACUCACUAUUUGGAUGUCAUGACUCGCAUGAUGUCAGAUAGGGAUUUCAAGUGUCCUCAUCUUGAGUUUGACAGAUUGUACUCUCCUGCUAACCCUACCUACGUGUACAGCUUUAAUCACCCACUAUCAGUUAGUCCGUAUCCACAGUGGAUAGGAGCAGCCCACUGGUACGAGCUUGACUUUGUUUUUGGUUGGGUUCUGGAAAAGUCUCUGGGAUGUACAGAGGAGGAGAUGGAACUCAGCAGGACCAUGAUGACGUACUGGACCAACUUUGCCAAGUCAGGCGACCCUACCGCUCCUUUCGCCGUCAAGGUGAACUGGCCAGCCUCUGACAACACUGAUCUCUCCUACAUGGCGCUUGACGUGGUCAGCAACUUAUCAGCAGGACAUGGGGUAGUCCACCAUGAAUGUGUCUUCAUCAACAGCAUUCUACCUACGAUUUCUACAGACCCCCUGAAGGGCAGGAGUACUGCACGAGAGGAUGAAAGGACAGAAUCACAAUAA